AGAAAUGGGACGGGAACGUACGCCACAGCACCAUCAUCUAGCAAAACAAAAGGCAGUAAACCAGCCAGCCAUGGCUAGACGCGCGGCAGCCAUCCUUGUGUUGAUGCUCUCGCUCCCGGCGGCGGCUCUCCUCGUCUCCGCCGACGGCGCUGACGCGGACACCAUCCUCCUCCCUAGCGACGGCGGCGAUGGUCUUGCAGCAACACCUCCUGACAUAGUAGUGGCGCCGACGGUGAGCGCCGCCGGCGGCGCCCUCGAAGCGGAGAGGCCGUGGGCGUGCUGCAACGGCACCGUGUGCAAGGAGUCGUUUCCGCCGAUAUGCCGCUGCCUGGACGAGGUGAAGGAGUGCGCCGCCGCGUGCAAGCUGUGCGAGCCGUCCGGGAUCAACCACACCUGCAACGACUGGUACUUUGGCGACCCAGGGCCAAAGUGCGCCUAGGAGGAGCGGCCGUGGACGUGCUGCGACCGGACCGUCUGCACCAAGUCGUUCCCGCCGACUUUCCAUGCAUAGGCCUACUGUUAAUUGCGUGCGUGCUUGUUUUUCUUCCCCGUGAAUAAAAACCGUGUGUGUUUCCCCACGUAAAAA